UGCUUGUUCUUAUCAUUCCAUUAUAGGUAACUGUGGUUAAUCCUGCCAUGGAUGAAGCAUUGUCACUCUUGCAAAAAUUUGCCGUUGAUGUGCAAAAGGGAAAAAUAUUGAAAGAUAAACUACGUUUUGGAGCUCCUUGGAGGCAUCCUCCAUGCAUAGACAAUCCUUCCCUGUGUUAUGAGUGGGCUAAGCUUCAACUAAUGGACUUUGUUCAGUCUCUUGUCAAUACAGAAUUUGGGAUUAAUUACCUAGCUGAUUGCAGCCUUGAGAUCCUGGAUGAUCCUUCCGCUGUUGCAUUGCUAGAGGUUGGUUUGCUGUAUGCUCAACGUGAUCCAUCCUUCAUGCGUCCCAUAUCUCGAGGCAUUCAGCGAUGCCUUGUGAGAUGGCUUGUCCAGGAGCGGAUGCAAAUGAGCAUUCAGAACUCACUGCGGUACCUCUGGCAGCGAGUUAUACGUGGCCGUAGCUAUCGUCAUUUGAUGUUAGAAGUGGGCUAUAAUAAAUAGAGCAUAUAGGU